AUGCGCCCCUCAUCCUCUUUGGCCGGACUUUGCCUCGCCGCAGGCUCUGUGGCCGCCAUUCCCCGUGCUUGGGUAGUGGAGAAUACUGCUAGCGAACCCAGCGUGGUUGGAGGCAUUCCCAUCCCUCAUCACAAGCGGCAAAUCAUAGAGGGGCCCGGAGGGUACACAUUCAACGUGCUCGAGCACAUGGCUGGUAUCGCGCCGUACUUCGACUCGCCCGGCGUGCAGCUGGACCCCAGCCCACCCGACGGCUGCACCGUCGACAAGGCCACGUACCUUGUCCGGCACUCGAACAUCUACGCGAACGACUUCGACUAUGAGACCUACCUGUCCCCCUUUUUGUCGAAACUGGCCAACUACACCAACAGAGAUGUCUUCACGCAGACCCCAGACCUCGCGUUCCUCGCCAACUACACGUCGCCGAUCACCAACGAGACGGAGCAGAUCGAGAAGGUGACGCCGUCCGGGCUUGACGCAGCAGCUGCAUUCGCGGGGGUCAUCAAGGAGUUGUAUCCGAAUCUACUCAACAUCAGUUUAUCCGAAUCCGGUGCUUUUAGGGUCUGGGCGGCCUCUGCAAGCAGGGACGUUGACACAGCAAACUCGUUCAUUGGAGCUUUGGGCAACAAUGCCAGUCUCGUCACUGUCAAUGAGGGAGAGAAUGAUAGUGCGGACUCGCUCACUCCACAUUCAUCAUGCCCCGUUUUCGACUCCGCCAUGGGCUCAGUGCAGUCGGGAGCAUGGGUGCAGAAGUACACUGCGCCGUUGAUCACUCGCUUCAACAACGCGGCACCAGAGUUCAAUUUUACCCUCACGGACAUUGUCGGCAUGCAGCAACUCUGCGGCUACGAUAACGUGAUCCGCAACCAGACCGACUUCUGCAACAUAUUCACCGCAGAGGAGUGGCUCGAUUUUGAGUACGCCAACGACCUCAUGUACUUUUAUAGCAUUGGAUUCGGCAACAUGAUCGCUCCCCAGCUCGGCAUGCCCUGGGUACGGAGCGCGCUCAACAUCCUCUCCGCUAACGACACCUCCACUUUCAACCAGACGCUUUACGUCUCCUUCUCUCACCGCGAAGAACCCCCGCUCAUCAUGACGGCGCUCAAGCUUUUCAACAAUUCUGCCUACUACCCCGCGCUCGACGUGAACAGCACAAUGCCCACCGACCGCAUCAACUACGACCGUGCGUGGAAGACGUCCCAGAUCCUCCCUUUCCUCGGUCACGUCGGCAUCGAGCGGCUCCAAUGCGCAAACACCACAGUCAACUCGACUCAGUCUGACGACGGCGCGGAGACCAUAUCGGACGUGGGCUCGUUCGUCCGCGUGCUGGUGAACGGCGCGCCGAUCCCUAUCCCCGACUGCCAGGACGGUCCCGGACAAGCGUGCGCGCUGGGGAAAUUCAGCGACUACAUCCAGGGACGGGUUGCGUUGUACGGGGACUUCAUUGGCGCGUGCGGUAUCAACGACACGGUGACGAACAGGACGGACACCUUGUCGAUCUAUAAUGCUUCAGUUGCUCAUGCGUAA